AACCGGGUCUAUUAAAAAUGGCCACCACAUAAUCUUCGACUGCACUGUGUAUCCAUCCAGUUCACGCUGACACCCAUCCGCGAUACUCGUAGAACGAGGAAAAUAACAUAAUUAAUAUAAAAACCCGCAUCGUAAUAUCUUGUGUUUAUUUAGAAAAGUGGCGUUCGAUACAAAGUACUCAAAAUGUUAAAAAUACUACCGUUUUGUAUACUAUUUGCGGCAGCGUUUUGUGAAAAAGAUAAAAUUGACACCCUAUUAGAUGAAAUUUUCGGACCAUCAGCUGCUACGGUUACUCAAGAGCCUAAUCAACCAGCAGAAAUCGAAAAGUGCAAAACAUACGAUGGAUUGGAAGGAGAAUGCGUUGCUUAUUACCUCUGCAAUGUUACCAACACAAAUACUGAACCAAUAAUCGAUAUUCAGGUCCGCGACAGUGAUUGUUCAUCUUACAUAGACGUUUGUUGUCACAAAUCACAUAAAUUUUCUGAAGACCACUACAAAACUUUAAUAAAACGAUCACCUUUUAAUGAAGUGAAAGAAAAAUUGGCUGAAAAGGCUGCAGCAGAAGAUUCUACACCACCUGUACCAGCUGAUACAAGUAAAGGUGACGUUGUAUGUAAAGCAAAGAAUGGUAAACAAGGUAAAUGCGUGCCUUACUAUCUCUGCAAUCCUUCCAUUGGUUCAGGCAAAGGUGAUGACGAUUUCAGUGAGAACAAUUGUCCUUCCUACAUAGAAGUCUGUUGCAAAGAAGCUGAUACAUUAUCUUUAGAUCAUUUCAAAUCUAGACGUAAACGGUCGCCUUACAAUAAUGUUAAGGAAAAUCAAGAUUCUGGCAGUACAAAUAUUACUGCAGUUAAAAAUAAUACACAGGAGGCUGGAGUGACAUCAGUUCAAUCGAUUCGUGAAGUUUGUAAGACUGAGGGAGGUAGGCAAGGAGAGUGUGUGCCUUAUUAUUUAUGCAAAACUAACAAUACUGCAAAUAGUGCUGGGCAGAUUGAUAUAGCAGCUGCCAGUGAACAUUCUUGUUCUUCAUACAUGGAUGUUUGUUGCGAGACAAUUGACAAAUUGUCUUAUAAGCCAGUGGAGCGCAAAGGUUGUGGAUGGGCGAACCCUGCUGGUCUAAAAUUAACAAAUCAAGAGCCAACAGGAGAAACGAGAUUUGGAGAAUUCCCUUGGAUGGUUGCUAUUUUUGAAAAAGUUCUCCUACUAGAGAAUGAUCCAGAUAGUCCGAAACUCAACAAAUACAUCGGCGGAGGCUCUCUAAUACACCCAAGUGUGGUUCUAACAGUAGCACACAACGUUCAUAACAAAACAGAUGUUAAAAUCAGAGCAGGAGAAUGGGAUACACGUUCAGUACAAGAACCCUACCCAUACCAAGACAGAGAUGUGGUUACAAUCGAAAUACACAAGGACUUUAUAAGAAAAGUAUUAUUCUACGACAUAGCUUUACUGUUUCUCGCUAAACCAGUAGAACUUGCUCCGAAUGUUGGUGUCAUUUGUUUGCCAGCGCCGCGUGUCCAACAAGAGGACGGUACGCGUUGCUUAGCAACUGGUUGGGGCAAGGACAAGUUUGAUAAAGAAGGUCGUUAUUCCACUGUACUAAAAAAAGUUGGUUUACCAGUUGUAAGUCAUGGUAAAUGUGAGGAUGUACUUCGAAGGAAUACUUCUCUUGGAGAAGUGUUUAGCUUGCAUUCAACAUUUAUGUGUGCGGGUGGUGAGAAAGAUAAGGACACUUGUACUGGUGAUGGUGGAAGUCCACUAUCUUGUCCUGUGGACUCAGAUCGGUUCGUUCAAAGUGGUAUGGUUGCUUGGGGUGUCGGGUGCGGGAAAGAUGGCAUCCCUGGCGUUUAUGUAGAUGUGUCAACCCUAAGAGACUGGAUAGACGACAAGGUUAUCGGCAAGGGCUAUGACCCUAAAGUUUAUACUUAUGUGUAAUAGUGAAGUGAUGUUUUAAAUGCGGAAUUUUCGAAUAUGUAUUUGAUUUCAUUAAAAUAGACAAUGGUUCGUCUUUUUUCGUGAUUUUUAUCAAGCGAAGGAUAAUUCUUGCAAUACUUUGUAUUUAAUUGUAAAAUUGUGAAUAAAUGAUAAGUUCAUCA